CGUACAUACCCGCGUUUGGGAACGACUUUUACUAUUCUAAGCCCCUCUAAAACCCUUAAUUCACAACAAAACCCCAAAAUCUGCCGCAAAAACGUACAAAAAUUUGUUGGAUUCAGUUCGUCGUUACUAUCCCUCACCAUACUUCCCAUUUCCAUCUCCAUUUUUUGAGUCACUCACUCUGAUUUUCUCUCUCUACUUCUCUACUUUUGAGGUUAGGCUUUUGAUGACAAAUUAGGGUUUUUUUAAGGUAAAAGGUGUGGCUUUUAAGUUAAUGGAGGCCUCCCCCGGUGCUACUGCCGCCGUGCGCAAUGGCGGGGUUGCUAUGCCGCCGAUGGCGGCUUCUUCCUCAUUUGAACCUUCCCGCGAGGAGUGGCGCGUCGUAUCUGAGCAAUCGGUUAGAAGUUCCGGUAACGAGGAGUUGGAGCGCUCAAAAGUUGGUCGAUCCGACGAGAGAUUAAUAUACGAGGUGCAACAUGGCAGAGGGUCACUCGAUGUUGAUUUUUGCUCGAUUAAUGUUGAUGGGGGUCUGGACAAUGAUAUUUUGCAGAAGAGAAUUCGCAAUCUGGUGGAGAAACGGGAGGAGUUGCAGAACAUGGAGCUUGAACUUCGAGCCCAAAUAUCUGCACGAUCUGAAGUCGUGAGAUUGCAUAAUACAUUUGAUGGUCAGAUAAAAGAGCACAUGAAUGCCAAUGUCAAACUUCAGGAGCAACUGCAUGAAAAGGAACAGAAGAUACAUGAGUUGGAGAGAAGGAUGGACGAAAAGGAAAGAGAAUUACAUGCUAUCAGAUUGGACAAUGAAGCGGCUUGGGCCAAAGAGGAUCUUUUAAGGGAACAAAGUAAAGAGAUCCAGAGCUACAGGAGGGAGAGGGAUAAUGUCGAAGCUGAAAGAGCACAACAUAUUAAACAAAUUCAUGAUCUUCAGGAACAUAUUCAAGAAAAAGAGCGCCAGUUCCUUGAAUUGCAGGAACAGCAUAGGAUUGCUCAAGAAACUGUCAUUUUUAAAGAUGAGCAGAUAAGGGAGGCACAGACUUGGAUAUCUCGUGCUCAGGAAAUUGAUGCAUUGCAAACAUCUGCUAAUCACACUUUACAAGCUGAACUGAGAGAACGAACAGAACAGUAUAAUCAGUUGUGGCUUGGUUGUCAAAGACAGUUUGGGGAAAUGGAAAGGCUUCAUUUGCAUGUACAACAGCUCCAUCUUGAAAUGGCUGAUGCAAGAGAAAAGAGUGGAAGUCAAUCAGAUGUGUCUCACGUUUCCCAUACAAAUUCAAAUGACGCGUCUCGACUUGAACAAGUCAAUAGUAUCCAGUUGGAGAUGAAUGAUCACAACUCACCCACUGUAAACUCUGGUAGCGUAGAAAAUGGCAAUUCUGAAACUUCUGGAGGGAGCACUUUAACACAGGUAAAAUCUGCUGAGCUUCUUCUGUUGAACGACCAAGCUCACGGUGUUCCAUUUGCUCCAUCAUCCCUAUUUGGUAUGCCGGCCUACCUUCCAACUACACUGCAUCCAUUUGUAAUGCAUCAACACGGUGUACCUCAUCCAUCACAAGUUACACAAUCUCCCUUUCAGUCAUUAUCUGUUAUGCCAUCGGUGCAAAAUUGGCAAAGCCAGCAGUCUCUGUCAGAUGGUGAACACAUUCCAACACAAAACCAAUAUCCUGAGCAAAUUGAAGAAAAUCUGUCUAGGACAGAUUCUCAUUUUGACCAUGAAGCAUUAGCAGUAAAUGAGCAAGUUCAUCGUGCAAACUAUGUGGAUGCAUGCAUCAAUUCACAGCUUGAUGCUGCUGGUUCUGUGGUCCCAUCACCAAAUGGAGAGAUAGAGGCGCAUGACUCUAUAGAUGAGAGCCAUGAUAAAGGCCAAUCUCAGCUGAACUUGCAGCAAAUAUCAUCUCAGUUUCAUCAGGCACUUAGAGUGGAUUCCCUUGAUAAUGGAAAUGACACUAAGGAGAAGAAAGGCAACCCUGUAACUGGUCACAGCAUGGAUGGCAGAAAUGAAAUCAUGGAGCAUCCUAGUUUUGCAAUCAAUUUAUCUUCGUCAGAAGGACAAACACAUGCUGUUAGUUUUAGUGAAACAAACUCAAGUACUGCCUUGACUGAUGCUUCAACCAUCGCCUUUGCUUCCAUGGGGCAGAAAAGUAAUAUAGCUGGAAAUCUUGGUGAAAGUUAUUUAUUGGAUGAAAGAGCAUUGCUGGCUUCUAUAGCUCGUGCUAUAGGAUCUGGUGGCAGGACCCGAAUCAGUUCGACUCUUCCAAAUAGACUUGGGAAAAUGCUCUCACCUCUUCACUGGCAUGAUUAUAAAAAGAAGUACGGAAAGCUUGAUGAUUUUGUUGCCAGUCAUCCUGAUUUAUUUUUGAUCGAGGGAGACUACAUUCAGCUUCGAGAAGGUGCACAGAAAACCAUAGCAGCCACAGCAACUGCUGCUAAAGUGGCCGCUGCAGCCGCUGCAGCAGCAGCUCCAUCGUCUUUCUCAUCACUGAUUCCUUCUGUAGCAGUUACUCCCAUGGCACAUCCCCACAGAUUGAAAAAGUUCUCAGCAAUGCAAAGUCAGAACUUGAACAGCAGCUCCUUUCAUGUUGCUGGAGGAGUCUCGAAUGGUGUUUUGAGCAAAUCAAACGAUCAUGCAGAACCAAAGGGUCCAUCUCAUGGGAGGCCUGGCAUGAGCAUGGCUGGGAUAAAACAGAGCAGGACAACUGUUGCUGCAUCAAGUCCUAGAAGAUAGAUAUUUUGGUAAUUAAGCAAUGAGACGAGCAACUUUACGUGCAACCAAGUGGACACGCAGAAAAUCUCGACUUGCAUUUCUAUUUAUCCCUUGGAAAUUAUAUACCCCAUGAAAAUGUAAUUCAGGAUAUAAGUAUAUAUAUUGACGACCAUAUAUUCUCUUGAAUUGAAAAACUGAGCCUUUUUCCAAUUGCUGUCAGGGUGCUUGCUUGUAUGAUUUUGAGCAAAAUUUGUCGAGAAAAUGGUUGUAAUUUUGAUGAGGACAUUACUGAAUCUCAAUCUCGGUUCUAUUGCGACCAAAA